AUGGGGGGGAAAUGCGGACGAAGUGCUACAAAGCAGCCUAGGCGGAAGGGCCCCCAAGAUAUGAGGGAGAAAGAAGGCCAGGAGGGAUCGGAAGAGGCGCUUUCUCUUGAGCCCGAGGUCGACGAGGAGGCGAAGAUGCAACAGAGGCAGAAGGAGGAAGAGGCACGACGAGCGCAACAGGAAGAAGAGCGACGAGCCGCGGAGAGGAUGCAGAAGGAGAAGGAGGAACGAGAGGCAGAGGAGCUUCAGCGCGCCCGAGAAGAGGCCGAGGAAGCACGGAGGCGGCAAGAGCAAGAAGCGCGGCAACGGCAGGAGGAGGCACUGCAGGAAGAGAUGCGGCGGAAGGAAGAAGCAGAGAGGAAACGGGCAGAGCAACGAGAGGCAGAGGAAGCAGCACGACGUGCCAAGACUCUGGACAGGGAAAGUCGCCGGUUACAGAAGGAGCGCGAUGAGCAAGAGCAGCGGGAGAGCCUUGAGGAGGCAGCCAAAGCCAGGCGCAAGAGUGGUAUUAGGCUCUGUGAGAAGCCUGCAAAGAUGGUCGCCUCGAAUUGUGGCUCGCCUUAUUCAGACGCGCCUUUGUCUCCUGUUUUACGUGCCGCCCGCGCCCCUUUCAUGCAGGAGGCCCUUCCUCACACACAGACCGCCUCCCUGCACCCUUCUUUUCCCUAUACCAGGCGUUUUGCAGAGCUGGCCAUGUAUUCCUUACAACGUCUUUACGCCAAACAAACGGCAAGAAAUUUUAAUCAAGACGUCAAACUCACAGAAGGACAGAUAGGCGUUACGAUACGUGCAUAG